CCCACGUGGUUCCGGCAGGCAAGAUGGCGGCAGUUGCCAGCCCGACUUCCCUGGAGUCGGCUCCGCGCAUCAUGAGAUUGGUGGCCGAGUGUAGCCGCUCUAGGGCCCGGGCAGGGGAGCUGCGGCUGCCACAUGGGCCGGUGGCUACUCCAGUGUUCAUGCCAGUGGGCACGCAGGCCACCAUGAAGGGCAUCACGGCCGAGCAACUGGACGCGCUGGGCUGCCGCAUCUGCCUGGGCAACACCUACCAUUUGGGUCUGAGGCCGGGCCCCGAGCUGAUCCAGAAAGCCCGCGGUCUCCACGGCUUUAUGAAUUGGCCACACAAUCUGCUGACGGACAGCGGCGGCUUCCAGAUGGUGUCCCUGGUGUCCCUGUCCGAAGUGACGGAGGAGGGCGUCCGCUUCCGCUCCCCUUACGAUGGUGAUGAGACCCUUCUGAGCCCCGAGAGAUCCGUGGAGAUCCAGAACGCGCUGGGCUCAGACAUCAUCAUGCAGCUGGAUGAUGUGGUCAGCAGCACUAUGACGGGGCCACGUGUGGAAGAGGCCAUGUACAGAUCAAUCCGCUGGCUGGACCGGUGCAUUGCAGCCCAUCAGCGGCCGGACAAACAGAACCUCUUCGCCAUCAUCCAGGGUGGGCUGGAUGCGGAUCUCCGGGCCACCUGCCUCAAAGAGAUGACCAAGAGAGACGUGCCAGGCUUCGCCAUCGGGGGCCUGAGCGGGGGUGAGAGCAAGGGCCAGUUCUGGAGGAUGGUGGCGCUGAGCACCUCAAGGCUGCCUAAGGACAAGCCCCGAUACCUGAUGGGGGUCGGCUAUGCCACUGAUCUGGUGGUCUGCGUGGCUCUCGGAUGCGACAUGUUUGACUGCGUCUUCCCCACACGGACAGCGCGCUUUGGCUCUGCCCUGGUGCCCACGGGGAACCUGCAGCUGAAGAAGAAACAGUAUGAGAAAGACUUCCGCCCCAUAGACCCAGAGUGUGCCUGUCCCACCUGCCAGAAGCACAGCCGGGCCUUCCUGCACACACUGCUCCAUAGCGACAACACCGCGGCCCUGCACCACCUCACUGUCCACAACAUCGCCUAUCAGCUGCGGCUGAUGAGCGCUGUGCGCACCAGCAUUGUGGAGAAGCGCUUCCCCGACUUCGUGAGGGACUUUAUGGGCACCAUGUAUGGGGACCCCACCCUCUGUCCCUCCUGGGCCACUGAAGCCCUGGCCUCUGUGGGAAUCACACUGGGUUGACCCCGCUUGGGGGAGGGAGGGAGGGAGGGGAUGGGAGAUAUUGAAGGAUUUUUUAAUUUUAUUUUUAUUAUAA